UUCAGUUACCAGAUGGCACGGGAAGAGAGAGAGAGAGAGAAAGAGGGAGACGACGCGCUUUCAAGCAAUUAACAACGACGCAUAGUGCUGCUAUUAGUAACAGCAGAACUCAAAAAAAGUCUUCGAGUGCUAAAGGUGAAAAAGGAUUAAAAGAAAGGGAAAGCAAAACCAAAGCAAAAGAAAAUCCUCUUUCAACGCUACCAAAUGCCUAAUCGAAAACUAUGAAGACAAAGUGCUCGUCCCCACAGUUCCUUCUCCACCGAGAAUUGCGGGCCGUCCGGUUCCUCUCUCUCUAGCAAUCGUACAAUUCACUGUUGAGUUUAUGGAUUAGAAUUUUCGCUUGGUUGGUGAGAUAAUGUUGGACGAAAGGAAGGGAAUUUGCUAGUGUUAGGUGGCUUCAACUUUGAACUGUUGAAGUUCCGGAUUUGUUGCUUUUUGGAUUUUCAGGUUCUCGGUUUUGACUCUCUGCAAGUUCCGGUUGAGGUAUUAAGCACAUGGAGUCAAUGAGGUGUUGGUUUAACAAAUUGAAGUCAAAAGAUAAGUUGAAGUCUACAAAAAAGAAGGAAGCCACGGGCAAUGGGAAGGAGGGGUCAAAAGCACCUACAGGUGAAGAAGCACCAUCAAAUGUAACCAAGCAGAGGGUUGCUGCCGCAAAGCAGUAUAUUGAAAACCAUUACAAAAAGCAGAUGAAGAGCCUGCAAGAGAGGAAGGAGCGACGCAAUAUACUUGAGAAGAAGUUGGCUGAUUCGGAGGUCUCGGAGGAAGAGCAAAAUAACUUACUGAAGUAUUUAGAGAAGAAGGAAACAGAAUACAUGCGCCUUCAGAGACAUAAAAUGGGUGCUGAUGAUUUUGAACCCUUGACAAUGAUAGGCAGGGGCGCAUUUGGAGAGGUUAGAGUCUGCAGGGAAAAGUCAACUGGUCAUGUAUAUGCUAUGAAGAAGCUUAAGAAAUCAGAGAUGCUUCGGAGAGGCCAGGUUGAACAUGUGAAAGCGGAAAGGAAUCUACUUGCAGAGGUUGAUAGCAAUUGCAUUGUCAAACUCUAUUGUUCCUUCCAAGAUGACGAGUAUCUCUAUCUCAUCAUGGAAUAUCUACCUGGAGGAGAUAUGAUGACUUUACUAAUGCGAAAGGAUACACUAACUGAGGAUGAGGCAAGGUUUUAUGUUGGAGAAACUGUCCUGGCUGUUGAGUCUAUCCAUAAACAUAACUAUAUUCAUAGAGAUAUUAAACCCGAUAAUUUGCUACUUGAUAGACAUGGUCACAUGAAGUUAUCAGAUUUUGGAUUAUGUAAACCAUUAGAUUGCAGUAAUCUUCAAGAGAAGGAUUUUUCACUAGGAAACAACCUUAGUGGAGCUCUUCAGAGUGAUGGACGCCCUGCAGCACCAAAGCGCACACAACAGGAGCAAUUGCAGCAUUGGCAGAGGAAUAGGAGGAUGCUUGCUUAUUCUACUGUUGGAACACCUGACUACAUUGCACCAGAGGUUUUGCUAAAGAAAGGAUAUGGGAUGGAAUGUGAUUGGUGGUCUCUUGGGGCAAUCAUGUAUGAGAUGCUUGUUGGAUACCCACCCUUUUACUCUGAUGAGCCUAUGUCAACUUGUAGGAAGAUAGUUAACUGGAGAACCCAUUUAAAAUUUCCGGAAGAAGCAAAACUGUCUGUAGAAGCUAAAGACCUUAUCAGCAAACUCUUAUGUAAUGUUGACCAGAGGCUUGGAACAAAAGGCGCAGAUGAAAUAAAGGCUCACCCUUGGUUUAAAGGUUUAGAAUGGGAUAAAUUGUAUCAAAUGAAAGCCGCAUUUAUUCCUGAGGUCAAUGAUGAGUUGGAUACUCAAAACUUUGAGAAGUUUGAAGAGGCCGACAGCCAAAUUGAGACUUCAACAAGAGCUGGUCCAUGGAGAAAGAUGCUCUCAUCUAAGGAUAUUAAUUUUGUGGGUUAUACAUACAAGAACUUUGAGAUUGUAAAUGAUAAUCAGUUACCUGGGAUUGCUGAACUAAAAAAGAAGAGCACCAAACCAAAGAGACCCUCUAUCAAAUCCCUUUUUGAAGAUGAUUCCGCUGCUGCCAAUCAACCUGUUCAAGGGAGCUUUCUAGGCCUUCUGCCUCCUAAAAUAGAAGAAGAUUCUGAGCUAUCUGGUACAUCCAAAUGAGCUUGGACUUGCUCUCAAUAACAUUAGACGCUCACAGACGUUCAAUUAAUCAGCUGAAGAGGAUCAUGUUAUCUGGUGAGUAGGGCUUUUUGGUUGCCUGAUGCCUGCAGAUAUGUUUCCGGAAUGAAAUUUUCAGGGGCAAAGGCUCCAAACUGGGUGGUUUGAAAUGCUAAUUAGAUGUUGAUUUAGUUUAACGUUCUUGUCUUUGUAAAAUAAUUUCAUGGUAAAUAUUCUUUUAAAAUGGUCCUGAAUUUGUUUAACCCCCUUUGUUCAAGCUGUGAAAAUUCAUUACAGAAGUUGUAUUAUGGUUUUUCUUGUAAUUAAGAACCUUUCGGUGUUGGGUUGAUUAAAGGUGUACUGUUACACAUGUAAUUAUUGAACCUUUCUUGGAGAAUGCAAUCACCAUGUUACCCA